AUGGUGAGUUCUUCAAGGACCAGAGUCCAGGUUCUGGUCCUGGUUCUAGCUGUGCAGAUUGUUCUGGUCUACAACAGUUUUGAGGAGCAGCUGACAGCUGUGCCUGGAACAGUUCUGCACUGGCUCAGUGGAAAAGUUCCUCCUGAUGUUCCUGUCUGUGGCUUCAAGAACGACAACCCCCUCUGCCUCACAAAGACCAUCACCAUCCAUCAGAUGGUCUUCAUUGUAGUCUUCUUCAUUUUCACCAUGGCCUUGACCUUUGCUGUCUUCAUCUACAGGAGGAUGAAGCUGGAGAAGGAACUGGUGGCUCAGCUCUGGAGGAUCUCCUGGGAUGACAUGCAGAUGAGCAACCUGGACAAAGUCCUGCGCAGCAGCAGCAGGAUCACUCUGUCACUGAAAGGGUCCAACUACGGCUCCCUGAUGACCGCCGACGGAAACGUUCACAUCUUUGCAAAGACAGGUUACUACAAGGGGAACAUCGUGGCCAUCAAAUACGUAAACAAGAAACGCAUCGAGCUGAACAGGAAGGUUCUGUUUGAACUCAAACACAUGCGAGAUGUUCAAAAUGAACACCUAACCCGAUUCGUCGGAGCUUGCAUUGACCCUCCCAACAUCUGCAUCAUCACAGAGUACUGCCCCCGCGGCAGUCUACAGGACAUUCUGGAGAAUGACAGCAUCACUCUGGACUGGAUGUUUAAGUAUUCUCUCAUCAACGACAUUGUGAAGGGCAUGGUGUUUCUCCACAACAGUGUCAUCCUCUCUCAUGGAAAACUCAAAUCUUCGAACUGCGUGGUGGACACCCGUUUCGUCCUGAAGAUCACCGACUAUGGUUUGUCCAGCUUUCAAUCUGAGAGUGACUCAGGAAGCAGUGCUCACGCUUUCUACGCUCAAAAGUUGUGGAUGGCUCCAGAGCUGCUCCGGAUGGAGUGUCCUCCUCCUCAGGGGACCCAGAAAGGAGACGUCUACAGCUUUGGGAUCAUUCUCCAGGAGGUGGCGCUGCGACGAGGAGGUUUCUACCUGGAGAGCAACCCGCUGAGCCCCAAAGAGAUCGUGGACCGGGUGAUUCUAGGGGAGUGGCCUUGCCUGAGGCCCACCGUGGACCACCAGAGUCACAGUCCUGAGCUGGGUCAGCUGAUGCAGCGCUGUUGGGCUGAAGAACCGACAGAGAGACCCGACUUCAACCACAUCCGCCAUAUGCUGCGUAAACACAACAAAGAGUCCAGGAGCAACAUCUUGGACAAUCUGCUGUCCCGCAUGGAGCAGUACGCCAACAACCUGGAGGAGCUGGUGGAGGAGCGGACACAAGCGUACCACGAGGAGAAACGCAAAGCUGAGGCACUGCUCUACCAGAUAUUACCUCAUUCCGUGGCAGAGCAGCUCAAACAGGGACAGCUGGUUCAGGCUGAGGCCUUCGACUCGGUCACUAUCUACUUCAGCGACAUCGUUGGCUUCACCGCCCUUUCUGCAGAAAGCACGCCCAUGGAGGUGGUGACUCUGCUCAAUGAUCUGUACACCUGUUUUGAUGCCAUCAUCGAUAACUUUGAUGUCUACAAGGUGGAGACCAUCGGUGAUGCCUACAUGGUGGUGUCUGGGCUGCCGGUGAGGAACGGGAAGCUGCACGGUAGAGAGGUCACCCGCAUGGCGCUCGCGCUUUUGAGCGCUGUCCGGACAUUCAAGAUCCAACACCGACCGGAUCAACAACUGAAGCUGAGGAUCGGGAUACACAGUGGUCCAGUGUGUGCUGGAGUCGUGGGUCUGAAGAUGCCCCGGUACUGUCUGUUUGGUGACACCGUCAACACAUCGUCUCGUAUGGAGUCCACCGGAGAAGCGCUGAAGAUCCACGUGUCGGCAGCGACCCGGGACGUCCUGAUGGACUUUAACUGCUUCCAGCUGGAGCUGAGAGGAAGCAUCGAGAUCAAAGGCAAAGGGAAGAUGACCACCUAUUGGCUGCUGGGAGAGACCGACAGCCAAUGAGGACGCAGAACACAUGGAGGAAGACAUGAAGGAAGACACAGGAAGUGGUCUCGUUGUGUGCACCACAUCUGUCAGUUUGUUUGAACUAAAGGACUU